GCUGCCUCAACUUUUCACUGUUCACUUCUCUCUUUGUUUCUUCGAAUCUGAUCUCAUUCUCUUCACUCCUCUUCCUUACUGAAAUUGGGAUAUAUACAUCACCUUAGAGCAAGCUGUAACCGUGGAUAAAUUAAUAGUCCAGAAAAAUAAAGCAAUAUGCCUUGGUUGAGUCUUUCAGUUGAUGUUUACCGCAGAGUUGUGCACUUGAAUUUAUAUUGCAGGGUUAUUCUGUAAAUUUUUUACCCUUUUGUUUGAACCUUAAUUCUUAAAUCUAGUUUUUGUUGGUUCUUUUUUUAACAAUUCAUGGGACUCAAUCAGUUUUUUGUCCUUUAUUGUGAUAAUUAUAGGGUUAGUUAAAUCAAGACUGAAUCAGAUCUAUUUUCAAAUUUAAACUUCCUUUGUUAGUUUCUGUUCUAUCUAAUAUAGCCUUACGCCUCAUAAGUUUAGUUGGGUCUGUUAUCAAUCUUGCUCGGUUCCAUACUUUUACAUUGUAGGAUAUUGGUUUAGUGUCUUUUCCUUUAUUCAGAAAAAUUGAGUUGAUUGUUCAAGGGUGUAAAGAAGUUAUGGUGUGCCAAGCAGCCAGUCAGACAAGAUUUCGAGCGUUAAAAUAUGAGAAUGGAUUUGCUGGAAAACCAACAAUUAUAGUUAGAGUGAUAGCAUGCUUUAAACCUAUGGAGGAUUGCCAGGCUCAGUAUUUUCGUCAUUUGCUUAAACCUGUCACGUAGAUUAGUCCUACUUCCGUGUUAAUACUUUCAAGCUGGAAUUCUUAGUUUCAUCCUUUUUGUCCUUUGUUCCUGAAAUACUAUACAAGUAAUUGACCAUUGCAGAUAUCAGCACCAGCCAUCUUGAGGUUAUAGUUUUGGUUGGAUGGUUAAGGCCCACGAAUCUUGGCUUUAUUCUCAGCAUUCUACUUGGCAAUUGCCUGAUUUGAAUUGCAUGAGUGCAUCACUAGAUCCUGGGCAACCAGAGUGUUUGCCACCAUGUAUAAAUCCUGGUACUUACAUGUUUUCUUCUGGAAAUACAGCAUUGCGAGAAUUUGCAGUUCCUGGACUAUCAAAAUCGAAGACAGAGCAAACAUAUGGAGCUCAUAGGUUGCUUCAAGUUUUGCCCCCUCGGUUCCAGGCUGUGGUUCCUGAGACGUACCCAAAUCUCAGUGAAAGGAAAUCUGCUUUUGCUUUUGGGCUCAGUGGGGAGGCCAGACCUAAUGAUAUGUUUGGGUCUUCACAGAAGGGAUUCUUAGUUUUUGAUCAGUCAGGGAAUCAAACACGGUUAAUUUAUAGUUCUGUCUGCCCUUCUGUCUUGAAUCCACCUGCUUCUGUGAGAAAACUAAGUUCCUUUUGUGGUUUACAUGAGGACCAGGCAAUUAAAACGGACCAGUUUACUCCACUGAAGACUGUUUUACAUGAAGAAUCUGAUGACAAUAACAUUAGUGGUGAAGAGAGUGAGAUGCAUGAAGACACUGAAGAAAUUAAUGCCCUACUUCAUUCAGAUGAAGAUAGUGACUGUAGUGAGGAUGAUGAAGUAAAGAGCACCGAUCACUCUCCACUCGCAAUUGAAGUAAACAACAAGAAGCGUGGACAUAUAGUGGAAAUUUCAGAAGAAGUUGCUAGCUCUGACAGCCCAAACAAAAGGCAGAAAUUGUUCAAUGGGGUGUACCGAAAAGCAUCACAAACUGACACUGCUUGCUCAGUAAAAUUGAAAGGAACCCAUGAAUAUGACAAUGACGUAGAAUCAAGCUGCGCCAAUGACCAGACUCAAAGAGAGGAAGUGGGUUCCAUUUUGAGUAACAAACAGUGUAACAAGGAUAAGAUCUGCAAGACUUUAAGAAUUCUGCAGAGUAUAAUUCCCGGUGUGAAGGGAAAGGAUCCAUUGUUGGUCCUUGAUGAAGCUAUAGAUUAUCUGCAGUCUUUAAAGCUUAAAGCCAAUGCUUUAGGGGUGUAACUAUCGGUAAGUUGUGCUCUUGUUCUCGUUGAAUCCAUAAUAGUAUGUUGUUUAGAAGGUGUAGAGAAGGGUGGAAAGGUAUUAACCCAACCAUUCUUGGCUUGAAUGAUUGAUGAAUUUGAAACCACUACAAUAACUUUGGCUUUGUGGGUACUUUUUAUCAUCUAUUUUUACUUUCUUUGUGAAGAGCUGUAUGUAAUGGGGUAAUAAAAGAAAAAGGAAAGAAGAAAUGGGAUGAAAUUACUCUUUCGGGGAAGAAAAAAUAGGGUUUUGUUUGUUGACCAGGAAUGAUUAUAUUUAUAAAGCUUUUUGGUGAGACUUAUUAAAGAAAGUCACAAAGAUUUGAAGGCAUGGGAAGAUUGAUAGUGGUGGUGGUGGUAUGUGUUGUAAAAUGAGGAAGCUUUAUUAGUAGGUGCAUUGAGAACCUCCAUGGAUUUAGUGCAUGCGCGUUAGGUAAACUUGGGACCCGCCUUCCACCUUCUCUUUCCUUAUUGAUGUUAUGCUUUUGUCUUUCCCUUUACCCUAAAUCACAUCAUGUUGGUAUUAAUCUCUGUAAAGUAAGCAGGAAAAAGGUCUACUGUAUGGCCAAAGUGCAGAAGACUUGCGUUUCCAUGCUGAAUUGUUGGGUCCGGAUGAUCGAGUAAAAGUUUGUGGGUUUGCUUAACAUGUGAAAGCUAUGUUACUUGUCGAUUAUCACCAUACUUGUUUAUUGUUAAUUUAUGUGGGUUUUCAAUAAUUUGAGUGAAGUGUUUUUGCUUUGGCUAUUGCCUGUUGUUGUCCUAUCCUUUCUAUGUUUUGUAUGUUUGUAUUUGUUCUCAACCAAUGUAAUGGUGAUUCCCUUUAUGGGAGAAUUGUUGAGUUGGGAAUAAUGUGUUAUUUCUAUGAGUUAUAGUUGUGAUCAAGUUAUCUAUACAUCAUAAUAUGAGUAUUAGAUUCUGACAUA